UACGUGUACAGUGAUAUAGGACUUACUCGUUCAUGGAGUAAGUUUUAUUACUCUGUUAUCACUCGCUAUAGUCUUGUUUACUUGCUCCAUUUCUAUCAUAAAAUAUUUCACAAUGUGACAUUUGUAAUUUGUCAAUAAAACUCCAUUACGAUGUUGAUAAAACGUAAAUAUAAAAUAUGGUGGCAGGACUUUACACUUUCAUAGGGAAAUUUUUUUUUCUACUUGCUCCAUUUAUAUUGUAACAUAUUCCACAAACAACGAAGCAAUACUAAUUUGCCAAUAAAAUUCUAUACAGCCAAUAAAAUUUCAUAUAGAGUUGAUUUCCGUCGAAAUUGUUCUCAGGAGCAAUUUGGACGGUGGGACCAAUUUUGCUCCUGUCAACAUUGUUCCCGGGAGCAAUUUGGACGGUGGGACCCGUGGGAGAGAUUUUGUUCCCCGGUCCAAAUUAUUCCCGGGAGAAAUUUUGCCCCCUGGAACAAUUUGGCACGACGCCGUAAUAAAGACAGAUGCAAAUCCCCAAUCAAAACAACACUUGACUGCUCAACCCCAGAACCUGCUAAAUUGAAUCCAAGAUCAGCCAGCUGAAGCGAGUAUACCCCUAAAUGUCAUGGCCCUGAGACUUCAGAAGUUUCAACAGCAUCAGAACGGCAGAUAAGAGAAGGAAGUAUAGGGUCGUGAUAAACACAAGUGGUUGAAAAAUCUUGGAAAGAUUUAAGGUGAACAAAAGGCAAUGGCCGGACGCCUCCAAUUGACUCUGGCACUGCUGAAACCUGACGUUACUCGUGUGCCCCAUGUAGUGCAGGCUAUAAGGAACAAGAUCAUUCAGGAAGAUUUCAUUGUCGUGAGGCACAAAGAAGUCCGAUUACAGAGAGAGAAAACAGAAGAGUUCUACAAAGAACACAAAGGGAAGUUUUUCUACAAUAGGCUUGUAACUUUUAUGGCAAGCGGUCCUACUCAAGCACUCAUCCUGGCUCAUGAGGAUGCCAUCAGGCGCUGGCGUACUCUGAUGGGACCAACCAAGGUGUACAAGACCAAGUAUGAGGCGCCAGAUACUCUCAGGGGGCUGUAUGGUCUCACAGACACUCGCAACUCCACUCAUGGCUCAGAUGGAGAAGAGAAUGCAGUAAGUGAAAUCAAGUUUUUCUUCCCUGAAUUUUCAUGUGAUGAUUGGUACAAGCUUGACGAAGAAAAGUUUCGUAGAGGAGAAUUUCACUUGGAUGAAAGAAAUUUUGUCCAUAAAUUGUUAUGACUAAGUAUUAGCUAGAUGUAAUUUUUCUAUUUUGGCUUUAUAUGAUAGCAAGCACUGAGACUCCUUUUUUAACAGUGACAAACUUGCUGUUGUAUUCAUCAAUGUACAGAGUAAUGAAUUUUAUAGUGAUGGUGUAAAAUAACCCCAGGAUGCCUUAUUGAAUAAUAUUAGAUGGGGACUUUCAUUGCCUUCACUUGCAGAAUAUAUAAAGGUAGAUUUUUUGAACUAUAAAAUAACUUUAAGUAUAAAGUUUAUUCACAAGACAGGACUACAAUGUAAGGCCUACAGGAAGUCAUAAGUCUAAUAUAAUUUUUGGCACACAUGUUUGGCUCGUCAUCUUCUCCUGGUUAUACAAUGCAGAGAUUUCUUCCAAAUUACUAUCUGAUAUUUUCCAAGUGACAAAAUUGGUCCAUAUCUACGAAAAUACAUAUUAGGAGUUUUGAGAUGCCCUAUAGUACUAUAAUUAAAAUAUUAAGACAAAAUAUGUAGUAGGGACUAUACAACUGCAGUGAACAUAAUAACUGCAGUAGGUUUCAUUAUAGUGUGAUAUUUGUUAAUAAUGGGUUAAGGGUGAUCAGAGGCAUUCUAGUACUGGGGAACAGUUCUUUGUAAAUACAUCAAUAAAGCUAAAUAAAAUA